AAAAAGAAGAUCAAGUCAGCCAAUGGCUAACGACAUUACUAACUGUUAAUUAUCUGUCAAACCAAUCACAAGAGGCGUUGGUGCUAAUCCCACUUUAGCGGGUACACUUUCGACAAAGAGGUUCGAUCAUUACUCGAUAGCAAAGCGAAGUUUACAAGCGUCGUUUGGUAAACAGAAAGUAUGUGCGAUUAAAAGUACGGGCUGAAACCGACCCGCGGAUUUGUUUGUCUAGUAAUCUGUGUCAUAAAAAACAACAUGCGGGCUUUUCUUCUGUUUCGUUGUUUUCUUACUUCGCUUACUUUUUGUUCACAAUGCUAGCUAGCUAACUAGCCAGCUAAUGCUAACAGCAGAUAAGUAGAACAUCAUUUUAAUGGUCCAUCGUGGCGGAACGUUGUCCUCUCUGGUCGUCACGUUAAACAGCACAUAAACAAGAGCAGAAAGCACCAUCUUUUUUGGAUGGCAGUUGCCCCUUCCUGGAUGGCGGAUAAGAUCAUAGUCCUUGAUGAGGAUGACGAAGAGGAGAGUCCUCAACCCUCCUGUGCUGCCUCCUCCACCUCGUCCUCUAAGCAACAAGCCAAACGUGUAUCACCACUCAAAGCUGCGCAGACUGCUCCUACCCACAUUACCCAGUCCCCUUUUGCUUCAGCAAAGACGCUGACUCAUGUUCUGCAGGCAGAGAAUGAAAAGUUGUUCGCUGAGUUUGUGGAACACUGCUCAGCUCUCACCCAGACGUGCCCCGAGGUCUUGACCUUCCUCAAAACCAAACAUGCCAAGGCCUCCCCUGACUAUCUGAAAUCCGUGGAGUUCAGGAACACCUUGGGGCGAUGUUUGACUCGCGCCCAGGCCAGCCAUUCCAAAACCUUUGUCUACAUCAGUGAACUGUGCACUGCACUCAAGCAGCAUGCACUCAAGCGGAGGCUGACCCUCAACACGGUUAACCCCGGGCCCUCUACCUCAACAUCAAGCUCUGUCUCUGCCGCGCUCAAAAGGGAAGACAAGGCUGAAUUUAAGAGGGAAGAGGAUGGAUUGAAUACAACAGCAGAAGAUAAGCAACCUUCCACCUCAGGGCUGCAGGAUGGCAGUGAUAAGGACGCAGAGAAAAAGGCAACGAGGGCAUCCAGGAAACAGAUAGCGUACCUGGAGAACCUGCUGAAGGUGUACAACGACGAGAUCUGCCGCCUGCAGCAGGCUGAGCUGAGCUUAGACGACCUGGGAACUGAGGACUCCUUAUACAUCCAGGAACACAAGCUCAAACGCAAGAUGAUAAAGAUUUAUGAAAAGCUUUGUGAACUAAAGAACUGCAGCACGCUAACGGGCCGAGUCAUUGAGCAGAAGAUCCGCUACAAUGGCACUCGUUAUCCUGAGAUCAACAGGAAGAUUGAACGUUUCAUCAACAGUCCUGAGGCGCUGAGGAACCCUCCAGAUUACCCAGACAUCCUCCAGCAGGUGCUGCGUGCCAAUGAGCGCCACAAUCUGUCCCUGAGCCGAAAACAGCUGAACCAGUACGCCCAGGAGGCUUUCAGGGAGACCGGGAGCAAAAUCCAGGAGAGACGUCACCUGGACCUGGUGUACAACUUCGGCUCGCGCCUCACAGACCCCUACCAGCCUGCCACAGACCCGGCUCUGGCGGACCCGUCACUGCUGCGGAAGCUUCGGGCGAAUAGAGAAGUGGCUCUGUCCCGUCUGGAAGAGGUCAUCACUAAGUUUGCCGUCAAACAAGACGACACGGAGGAGCAUGAAAGGGCCAAACGACUGGAGAAAGACAGCAAGGAGAAAGAGGCCCACAAAUCAGAAAACGGAGAAGCAAAAAAAGGGGUGAACGGAGUGGCGGAGGAGGAGGAAGAAGAAGAAGAGGAAGAUGACGACGAAGAAGAUGAAUCAUCAGACCCAGACAUCGAGGAAGAAAUCGAGGCCAGCACGCAGCAGGAUGGGCCAGACGAUGACGCGGAUGACGACAGCAAUGAGGCAGAACCAGCAUGUGAUGAUUCCAACAAGGAGGAUCAGACGGAUCAGCAGACGAGAAGUGUUUCUCCAGGGGAUGAAGGGAGCACGAAAGAUGAGGACGAGGAGCCAGUCACAAAUGGACUCAGUCCUCUUACUGAUGACAGCGCGUCCCUAAUCUCUCCGCUGUCGCACAAGCCCUCCCCUAGACAGAGUCCCAGCCAAUCAGAGCCCGUGCAGACAGACAACCAGACGCCGUUGUCUAAUGGUAAACCUGCAGGAUCAGAGGAUGAUUCCUCCAAUCACGUUCCAGUCGCGCUUGUAAGCACCAUCAAAGACGCUAAGGACUCGGCCAAUGGAGUGUCUUUGCCCCUGUCCCCAGCGGUCGGCCAAGAAAACUGUGACACACAAACUACCAAUGGAACGUCGCCGCCGCCGCCCAGCCCCAAGGCCACGAAGAGCAGGAAGAGGAAGAGGGGGGAAGAAACAUCAGGGAACUCCGAAAAGCACAUAAUCAUCCAUGACAGUGAGCUAGAUAUCCCUCUGGAUAUGGGCGUUUUCAACUGCGACUCUCCGCAGCAGGCAGAGUCGACCCGAGCAGACACACCAACCCGGGAAAUGGUCAGCAGUUCCCAGUCAACACCGCCGCCAAAGAAAAACAAGGUUAACGUGGCCACCCAGUGUGACCCGCUUGAGAUCAUCGUCCUGUCAGACUCUGAAUAACCUUUAACCUCUGAACUCCAAGACUCUUCCACAUCUCGCCUGUAUUCUGGGACAGGUUUCCUGAAAGGACGCAUUUUCUAAGGACUGUCUCUGUCUGCUGUCUUGUAAGGAGAGGAGAAGAAAAAAAAAUACAUUUUUUCCAAACAACAAUUGUGAAAUGUCUGUUAUAAUAACGAUCUUUUUUUGGAGCUUUUUAUGGCCUUUAAUCGACAGGAUAGCUUGAAGACAGGAAAGGAGAGAGAGGAGGGACGACACGCAGCAAAGGGCCACGGGUCGGAUUCAAACCCGGGCCGCAGCCUACAUGGGGCGCACACUCUACUGGGUGAGCUAGAGGUCGCCCCAUAAAUAAGAUCUCCACAGUAAAUGACAAGUUUUUACGAAAUAUAAAGCUUGGCUGUUGAAGACAGUGACAACUAUGAAUUUAGUAACUUGUGUCAAUUGAUUACAUAUUACCAAACGGAAACCGAGUUAAGUGUUUUUGUAAAAGACUUUAAAAAACAGAACAAAUCAAGGAGUCUUCUGUUUGUGCUGUAUUCCCUAGAGAAUACAGCUGCCGUUUAGUCUGACCAGGUAAACGUCGACUGGUGUUGACCACGGAAGUCUCUCCCUUUUCUGCAGUCGAGACUAUUGGACGAUCCAAGCAGGCGAACGUCUGUCACCGUGUUCCCUGCCUUCAGUGCAACAUUUUAGUUGGUGGAGGUUUUUUGCUUCUCUGAACGCAGACCUAAAAACACAUAUCUUGAAGUGAUUGUCCCUCAAAUUAAAGAUUUGUUAGUGGGAUUUAGGUAAGAACCCAGUGCCUGAAAACACGUGCUGUGCAGCCGGACGCGUGGCCCAGACGGGGAGUUUUGUUUUCACAGACUGGCAAAAGCUUUGUAAGCUCACUGCCAGUUUGGUUACAUUUAUAUAAUAAAACAAACGCAUUUCUUUUCAUAAAGGACAGAGUGGAGGUAGUGGUUUGUGUGAAGGUAAUUUGGGAGGACAUUGUUUUAAUUGGUAUUUAUGAUGCAUUGAUGCUGAGCUGUGUGGUGGUUUGUUCUCUAUUGUCAGCCAAAUGUGUAGACCGCAGCAGUGACAUUGGAGCCUAACAUUUUUUAAUGUUUCUUUUAAUGUUGCUUCUCAAAACGUAUUUCUAUUUUCAGGUUUAUAAUGUAUAAAGUAUGUUUCUAUUUUUAUUCAGACUUUCGUCUGCUGCAGGAUAGCUGGAUAGUUUCCAGAUGGCU